ACUGCCCUGAGGCAAUGCAACCACCUCACUUCUGCGCUGAUCGUGUCGCACACCAGAAACUCACAUCGUGAACAGUUUCACAUUUUGACGUUUCUCGCAUUGACUUCCGUAUAUAACACACAACACGCGUGACGCGUUACAAAAGAAGACUCAAUUUUUUUCAUAUUCUUUGUGAAAAAAAAUUUUCUACCUAAAUAUUUUUACCAUCAUUCUUCUUUAAAUUUAUUCCAAUCUCCUUAGAAUAAUUUUAUUUCUGAAAUUCUUCUAUAUUUUAAUACGGUAUCAAAUCUCAUAAAAUUUAUUCCUAAAGAUAUUUUUACUACAAGGACAAAAGAAAGAAAAUUAUCAACGUGAAAAUGUGAUUGAAGAGUGUUCGCGAAAGUGAAAAUUUGGAAAUAUUAAAGAAUUAUCACAAGAGAGAAGAAAGAAUAACAUUUUACGGUAUCAUUUUCCAUUAAUAAUGAAAUGAAAAUUAUACAGUUAAAUGAGUGCAUUUAACAAUUGUUUCCUAAACAUUGCCGAUGAUAAUGAAUAAUAAUAAUGCAGAUAAGAUAUUCGCAGUUUAUUUCUGUGUUUUUGCGUCAGUCAUCAUUACCAAGUGUUGUCUUAAUCAGUCAAAUUAAUUAAACCUGACAGUUUACGUGCGUGAGAAGCCAAAGAGUAAAGAUCAUCACCAUCCCAGCUGGUUGUGAUUUUUUUUUUUUUUAUAAAUUGUGCCGAGAUUGCUUAUAUUCCAUGACCUAUUCCAAUUUCCAGGAAGAAUAUGAUAAUCUCUUUCUCACUCUAAGUUUGAAUAAUUAAAUUGCAAUCACUUUUGUAUAUAUAUAUAUAAGAUUCGAGUAAAACUUGAAUUGUCUUGAGAAAAAUGAAUGAAAUUAUAGGAGACACUUCUAAUUCAUCGGGAGGAAAAUAUACAUAUUCUUGCACAUCAACGAGAAGACGUUUAAACGAUAUGAUGGAGGAGACAGAAAAUGGAUUUCGUCGUCCUGCAGCAAAACGAAGAAUUGCUGAUGAUUCGACAAAUAAAAAUUCAUCGGAAGAAAUUUCCUAUCAUAAUAAUUUGAAAAGAAAUUCAAAUGAAGAUGAAGAAUCAUAUGAAUUGAAUAAUCACCACGUGGGUAGUGAUGUUUCUUCUUUUGCCUCGUGCGGAAAGAGGAAACUCAAUGACAUUUCAGAUGAGAUUCCCUCUGGUGCUGAAGAUGCAUAUUCCUGUGUAAACAGAAAAAUGAAUGAAAUUAUGUCGACAGAUGGAAAUAAUUUAUCUUUAAAUAAUGGAACAGAAGCUGCAUUUCGUUGUCCGGCGUUGAAGAAAAAAAUGAAUGAAAUCAUUGAAGAAUCUACCGGUAUACUUUCAUUGGAAUCUGAGUCUUUUCCCUCUUCGGGUAAGAGGAACAAUAAUGUUGAUACAUUAUCAGGAAUUGAUUCCACUGAAAUGGAAGUUGCUUAUCGUUAUGCUACGACGAAGAGAAAAAAUAUUGAUGGAGAAUCGUCGUGUACAAUUGGCACAGGUGGUGUGAUUAAUGUGAAGAACAAUAAUUCAACCAGUAAAAAUAAUAAUUCACUAAUUGGACCAAAUGGAGAAGGAAUCAGCGCCGCCGUCGCUAAAGUUCUCAAGGGAUACGAUUGGAAUCUUGUGCCAGUUGCUACCAAGGGUUCCGGUGACAAAAGAGCGGCUCAUAUAAAAAGGCCUAUGAACGCAUUUAUGGUAUGGGCGCAAGCUGCAAGAAGAAAGCUCGCUGAUCAAUAUCCACAACUUCAUAAUGCGGAAUUAUCAAAAACUCUGGGAAAACUUUGGCGGGUCCUGACGGACAUCGAAAAAAAGCCCUUCGUCGAGGAAGCUGAUCGAUUGCGUUUAAUUCAUAAACGUCAGCAUCCGGACUAUAAGUAUCAACCCCGUCGGAGAAAACAGAAUGGACCCGGUGGUAGGGAAAAUUCUCCCACUAGGAAUCAAACUAACGUUACAUUCAGUGUGGCAAAAUCGAUGAAACAAGAGGAUAUUAAUGUGAGAGGUGCCAAAUGUCCGAAUUCACCUGAAAAUUGUGUUAGUUCUUCACCACCUUCGACUCCUUCUCAAGGAUUGACUCAAAUGUCGCCACCGACGCCUCCGACAACUCCGAGAUGUCAACAUUACAUUAAUCAAGGACAUCAGCAUCAACAAAAUAAUGCUCUUUAUCAUCAAGAAAUUUCAACUCCAUCCGCGGAUUCGCCACAAGGUGAUUUGAGAUAUCUUGAUCUAUCAGUGGAAGAUAGUCAACUCAGUAGUUUGAGUUCGUUGGGAGGCGGGAAUCUUGGUAUUCCUUUUAAUCUUCAAGAAUGCGAGGUUGAAAGUAAUGAAUUGGAUCAAUAUCUUUCUCCAUCAGUGCAAAAUCUUCAUCAGUACAAUUCCAUGCCGCCUACUACUUCAUCUCAAUGGCCACUUAAUAGGUUCGAAGAAGAUGUGGAAAAACCAAAUAAGCGUUACUAUCCAGAUUCUUCCGUCUCUGAAGUGUACUGGGAAGACAAAUCACAGGAGAUGAGAUAUCAUGAUCUACAGCCACCGCUACCGCCUGUUCAGUAUGUACCCACGCAACAUCAUUCACACACAACAACAACAACUCAAGUGGGUCAUCCACAUGUUUCUAAUCCUUAUUCUUCGUACCAUCGUUAUAUGCCCAGUAUUGAAAAUUGGGCUAAUUCCAAUUUCCUUUAAAAAAAAGAAUCUAGCCAAAGUCCCCCAAUUAAUUCACUGUCCUCUUUUUCCCUCCGAGGAAAAAAAAAACGUCCAAUUAUAUUUGUUAAAAUAAUUCCGUUUUUUUUCACAAAUCGCAAAUUUUCUCUUUUUUAUUUUAAAUGAUUUUUAAAUUGUUUCUCAAAUUAUUCAAUUGAAAAUUUAUUUUGAAACUCAUCUUACAUUACUGAAUUAAUAUUAAUUGAACUGAAUUCUAUUUUAUAUUGAAUCAAAAUUUUGACCUAAAUUUAAAAUUCCGAAUAUAAAACAUUAAUUAAAAAUUGAUUACAUUUUUAAUAUUUAGUUGAUGUUUUUUUAACUUUGAAAUGAAUGACAUUUUUUUAAACAAUUUUUCAUAACGAUGUUUUUUUUAAAUUAACAGUUGUUUUUAAAACGCUGAUUAAUGUUUCGGAAAAUACAGAGUAUGACAUAUAAAUAUAAAAUUGAAGACGUUCUGUGUACGAUAACAGAAGUAAUGAAGACAAAGAGUGGGAGUUGAAGAGAUAGCCAAAUACGAUGUAAUUAAUGGUUAAUUACAGUGAUUAUAAUUAAAUAUAAGUACUGCGCGUGUCAUUUUCGAGCGCAAUUAUUAUAUAGUCUAUAUUUUAUAUAUAUAUAUAUAUAUUAUAUAUAGAAAUUAUAAUAAGUUCUAUUAUAUAGAUAUGCAAAUUUUGCAUAUAUACUUCAUGAUAUAGAGUAUACGUUUAUUAGAAAUUAAUAUGGAAUUUGUGCGUGUGAGAAAUGCCUGUGAGGCAAAAGAAAAGAAAAAAAACUAUAAGACUCCAUGACAUCAUUCCAUGACAGCAGAUCAUUCCAAAGCGGACAAUUUCAGAACAAACAAAUACCGCUUCGAUAUGUGCCUGAUCUAAUAGUAUAAACUUGAACUGCAUAUAAACUGCAUUCAAUGUUUAUUAUACACGUUGAACUUAACUUCUAUCACUGACACUUCAAAUAAACUUCUUCAAAUUUCCAACGUUGUAUAUGAAAAUCAUUGAAAUUUCAGUUUCAAUUUCAAGGAAACAUAAAUUUCAGUUUUAUUUCCUUAUAAUUAAAAUUUAAAGAAAGAGUUUGCUUUUCUUAAAUUAAAGAAAAAAUAUUUCAAACGAAAUUUGAAGAAAGAGAUUUUUUAAAAAGCACUUUUGACAAUAAUAUAUAAGAGAUUAAUAUGUCACUAAAAUGAAUUCCAGUUGGAAAGAAAAAGUGCUAUUUUAAAAAUUUUACUAUUAAUUAAUUAAAUCAAUUUUUAAUUAAUUAAUAUAGCCAUAUUAACAAAAUUAACGAUUUUUAUCAUAGAUUUGCUUUUGUACUUAGAUAUUUAUUUAGCUGAGAAACAUGUUUACAAAAAAAAAAUGCUUUCUUGAAAUAUUUUUAUUACGUAAACAUAAUUUUUAAAGAAUAAAAGAAAUUUCAUGAAAGAGAAAUUAUAGAUAGUUUUUAAAAAUUAUCUCUGCACGUUAUAUUAUUUAAUGUAUUCUAUAUAUAAACUAUAUCCAUAUAUUUUCCGAAAUAUUUGAAAUGUCGAUUUAC